AUGGAAGAAAAGACCCUCCAACCGCAUGUAAUCAUCAUCCCACUACCGCUUCAAGGCCCAGUCAACUGUAUGCUCAAGCUCGCCGAGCUUCUCAGCCUCGCCGGCAUCAAUGUCACCUUCCUCAACACCGACCAUGUCCACCGUCGUCUCCUACGGCACACCCACAUUCACUCCCGUUUCGCUCCAUUCCCAUCUUUCCGUUUCAAAACCGUUUCAGACGUGCUCCCGGAAGAUCACCCGCGCACCGGUAAUAGAUUCCUGGACAUGUUUGAUGCCUUUGUAGCCGUAACCAAUCCACUUCUCCGAGAUAUGCUAACUUCCAGUGGACCGAGUUCGGGCCCGGUAACGUGCGUUAUAGCAGAAGGUACCUUUGAUUUUGUACUUGAUACUGCAAAAGAGAAUGGAAUUCCUGUCAUUUAUUUUGAUACUCUCAGUCCUUGCUGCAUCUGGAUUUAUCUGUGUCUUCCCAAGCUCAUAGAAGCUGGCGAGUUUCCAUUCAAAGGAAAUAACUUGGACACUCCUAUAAAAAGUGUACCAGGCAUGGAAAGUUUUCUCCGGCGCCGUGAUCUUCCGGACUUCUGCCGUAGCGGUGACAUCUCAGGCACCCAAGUACAAAUUUGCUUAUCGGAGACCAAACAACUCCCAAGAGCCUAUGGAAUCAUACUCAACACCUUUCAAGAUUUAGAAGAAACCACGCUCUCUCACAUCCGCUCUCUCUGUCCAAACGUCUACUCCAUCGGACCUAUCCACAACCUCCACAAAGCCAAACUCGCAGAAGAAACAACGCCGUCGACCCUGGCUUCCUCCAACAGUUUCUUGGAAGAAGACAGGGACUGCAUGACGUGGCUCGACGCUCAACCGUUGAGAUCAGUGGUCUAUGUUAGCUUUGGGAUUCUUUCACUCACGACAAGGGACGACCUCAUGGAGUUUUGGCACGGUUUGGUGAACAGUGGGAAGAAAUUCUUGUGGGUCAUACGGACUAAUGCCGUCGCCGGAGAAGAUGGGGAUGGGCAGAUUCCGGCGGAGCUCUCCGAGGGAAAGAAGGAAUUGGGGUUCAUAACGAGGUGGGCCCCACAAGAGGAGGUGUUGGCCCACCCAGCGGUUGGCGGUUUUCUGACCCACAGUGGGUGGAACUCGACGCUGGAGAGUAUAGUCGCCGGAGUCCCGAUGAUUUGCUGGCCUUCUUACGUUGACCAACUAGUCAACAGUAGGUUUGUGAGCGAGGUGUGGAAGGUGGGUUUGGACAUGAAAGACACGUGUGAUCAGGUCGUGAUUGAGAAUAUGGUCAACGAUUUGAUGGAGGUGAGGAGAGAUGAGUUGUUGAGCUCGGCGGAUGAGAUGGCCAUGUUGGCCAAGAAAAGUGUUAGUGAAGGAGGGUCAUCGUUCAGGGAUUUGAACCGUUUGAUUCAGGAUAUCAAAUUUAUGAAUGUUUGA